AUGAACGAAAAGCAUAAGAACGAGAAACUUGGCAGUAGUGUGCCAAAGGACAGUUAUUUAGAAGCUAAUCUAAGCCAACGAACCAAUCCAUAUCACCUUCCUGACGAUGACGACUCUACUAGCGAAGACGAAGAAGAAGACGACCGUCCUGAUCCUGUCGAUAUGCCUGUGCCGCCGUACCAUACCAACAUUGUCAUCAACUGUCCUUUUGACAACUGCGACUUGGUCGCGCCCAUCGUCGAUACUACCGCGUUGAUCAAGCACAUAAAAGACGAGCAUAACAUCGUGUUCAAGAACCUGCACCACAUGUAUAUGGCAUUGGACUCUUAUUUGGCUCGUUGGGCGACUGAGCUUCGACAACAACCUUUGGCAACCUUCGCUUCCAAAUGCCCCAAUGAAGAUAAUGUUUAUAUCAUUGAUCCCGCGCACUGCGAGCUUGACAAAAAAAUUCGAGAAGAAAUGCAAAAGAACAAGCUGGAUGAAAUAUUAGAAAUUCAGCAACGAGAGCGUGAGACCGAUUCCAAGCUCCCCAGAAAGUGUCUCUUUUGCAAGAUUGUUUGCGAUAACAGAACUGUGCUAUUUAAACACAUGUUUUCCGAGCAUAACUUUAACAUUGGUCUACCCGACAAUCUUGUGAACGUCAGUGAGUUUCUGGGUAUACUGGAAUCACAUUUAUCAAAAUUGCAAUGCCUUUACUGUGAAAAGACAUUCACCAGCCCUGCUGUGUUACGAAAACAUAUGCGCAAGAAGAAGCAUUUCAAAAUUGCGCCCAAGAAUCGCCAGUAUGAUCGCUUCUAUGUCAUCAACUAUCGUGAACCUGGUAAAAACUGGGAAAACCUCGAACAUGACAACUACGAAAGUGAUGACGAACGUGAGGACGAUAGAUCGUGGGCAGAUUGGAAGGAGGAAGAAUCCCAGUCUACGAUGUGCUUAUUUGAUAAUCAGAUGUUCCCAUCGCCAGAAGAGGCUCUAAACCAUAUGCGAGAAUCCCAUUCCUUUGACCUGGAUAAGAUUCGCAAAGAAAAAGAUCUUGAUUUCUACAAAAUCAUUGUGUUGAUCAAUUAUAUUCGUCACCAGUCUUCGCUGAACCAAUGCUUCUCUUGCGGAACCACCGUGGAUGACUUUAGUCUGCUUGCUCCUCAUUUAGAGAAAGAAGGUUGCGUUGGCAAGUUUGUGCCGAUGGAUGCGGAAUUCUGGAAAGAUCCAAAGUAUCUUCUUCCGACCUACGAGAAUGAUCCGUUAUUGACCGGCGUGGAUGAUGAAGAAAGUGAUGUUGACGAAGAUCUCCGACUUUCUGACCGAGAUGCCAACAGAAAGUUCUCUUCUCAAAUUCUCAAAGAAGUGGCUGCCAACGAGGUGGAGAAACUUGAAAGAAAAUAA